GGUAGCUGUGUGCACGUAACGCUAUAACAUGAUCAGGGUAGUUCGAAGAGCUCGUGGGUUGACGUAUUGUCGCUUCAAACACUCAAAGUCAGAGAGCAUACAGUCCGAUGACACUCCGAAGAAAAGUCCGUGUUUGGUAAAAGAGGAAGACAUGAAGAAUGACUGGAUCGGACCACCUGAUCCGGUUUCCAACUUGAGACCUGUAAAAUUUCACAUUAGUAAGGAAGAUUCCUCUUUGGCCCAAAGUUAUCGAACCCAGCGACAAGAAACGCAAGAUUGGAACCAGGCGUUCUGGUCAGAACACAACACGAAAUUUUACGAGAUGAAGGAGGAAUUCGUCAGACAGCGACUGGAAGAGAAAAUGAAAGAAGGGUCUGACUCCGAAACAUUAUCUGCAGAAGAAAUGUCAGUCUUCUACAAGCAGUUCUUGGACAAUAAUUACAAACUGCACAAGACAUACAACAGAGACUGGUAUUGGAGAAAUUUCUCAUUGUUAUGGCCAGCUUUGAAGCUAAAUAUGGACAAAUUCAAAAAAAGGAUCAUGAAAUAAAACACCACUGCCUCAUAUAAACGCUUCACGUGGGUAUAUAUAUACUUCAAUUGAAGUUGUGACAUUCAUGGUACACCAGUACUAUAGUAUGGUACAAGUCAUAAGGAUGGAAGCUCUAAUCAGUGCGUAAGGGACUGGAGAACAUAUGGAAUAUGUGCUUUUAUAGGCAGUUUUAGAUCGUAAGUUUGCUCAAAUAAGGAAUUGCAUGGGCGUUGAAUGCAGUUCAUUUCAAUAAUAUUUCUACUACAGGAAGGAAUCCUAAGGGAAUGGAUGGAAAGCAACGACAUACAUUCAUAUACCAAUAAAUUAUUGAACUUUU